AUGGCGUCGUUUUUGGAAAAUGCGUACAGCAUGGUCCACCUGGACAAUACUGCUGACCAGCCUUCUCAACAAGAACUGAAGGUGCAGCUGGAGAAGGGUAACGAUGAGACCAAGUUGGAUACAAUGAGGAGAAUCAUUACGAUCAUGCUCAACGGAGAUCCCAUGCCUCAGUUAUUGAUGCACAUCAUUCGCUUUGUCAUGCCGUCCAAGAGCAAGCCUCUUAAGAAACUGCUAUACUUCUACUAUGAGAUCUGUCCGAAGCACGACUCAAGUGGGAAGCUUAAGCAGGAAAUGAUCCUGGUGUGCAAUGGCAUUCGUAACGAUCUCCAGCACCCUAACGAAUUCGUCCGAGGCAACACCCUGCGAUUCCUCUGCAAGCUCCGAGAACCCGAACUCAUCGAACCCCUCCUUUCAUCCGCACGGUCAUGUUUGGACCAUCGACACGCAUACGUGAGGAAGAGUGCCGUAUGGGCUGUUGCGUCUAUCUUCCAACAUUCGGAAUCUCUCAUCCCCGAUGCGCCAGAGCUCAUCCAAACAUUCCUCGAAACAGAAUCCGAUGGCACUUGCAAACGGAAUGCAUUUGCGGCUCUUAUGUCUAUUAGCCACCAGAAGGCCCUGGAGUACUUGGCUUCUACCUUUGACAGCGUCCCCAAUACUGAUGAAUUACUUCAACUUGCCGAGCUGGAGUUUAUUAGGAAGGAUGCGGUACAAAAUUCGCAAAACAAGGCGAGAUACCUGCGAUUGAUCUUCGACCUUCUCGAUGCGUCGACGAGUACUGUGGUAUACGAGGCGGCCACCUCCCUUACAGCACUCACGAGCAAUCCGGUCGCUGUUAAAGCCGCUGCAGGGAAAUUGAUUGAGUUGAGCAUCAAGGAGGCGGACAACAACGUGAAACUCAUUGUCCUGGACCGGGUGGACCAAUUACGAAUUCGCAAUGAAGGUGUUCUCGGCGACCUUACAAUGGAGAUUCUCCGGGUUCUCUCUAGCCCUGAUAUCGACGUGCGACGGAAAGCUCUCGGUAUCGCCUUGGAAAUGGUCUCGAGCAAGAACGUGGAGGAAAUCGUGAUGCUUUUGAAGAAAGAACUCGCCAAGACUGUGGACGAACAAUAUGAGAAGAACAGCGAAUACCGUCAACUGCUCAUCCAGUCAAUUCACAACUGCGCUAUCAAAUUCUCAGAGAUUGCUGCUAGCGUUGUCGACCUGCUGAUGGACUUUAUCGCCGACUUCAACAACAACUCCGCGGUUGACGUGAUUUCGUUCGUCAAGGAGGUUGUCGAGAAAUUCCCCAAGCUUCGUGCGUCCAUUGUGGACCGUCUGGUUUCUACUCUCAGUGAGGUCCGCGCCGGAAAGGUUUACCGUGGUGUCCUGUGGGUUGUUGGCGAGUAUUCGCUUGAGGAGAGAGAUAUUCGUGAGGCUUGGAAGAAGAUUAGAGCAAGUCUCGGGGAGAUCCCUAUCUUAGCUUCAGAGCAGCGGCUUCUUGAUGAGGUACCCGAAGACACCUUGCCCAAGGAACAGAUCAAUGGCCACGCCAAACCUUCAGCCCCGAAAGUGCUGGCAGACGGUACAUAUGCAACGGAGAGCGCCCUUACUAGCCAGUCCGCGGCUGCUGCUCGUUUGCAAGCAGUCAAGGCGGCCCAGAAGCCUCCUCUGCGCCAGCUGAUCUUGGAUGGCGAUUACUACCUCGCGACUGUUCUCUCAUCAACAUUGACUAAGUUGGUGAUGCGACAUUCGGAGGUCUCCCAGGAACCUGCUCGUACCAACGCUCUACGCGCUGAAGCCAUGCUGAUUAUGAUCUCCAUCAUUCGUGUUGGUCAAUCGCAAUUUGUCGCCGCCCCGAUUGACGAAGAUUCUGUUGACCGUAUCAUGACCUGUGUUCGAUCUCUUGCUGAAUUCUCCGAGAGGAAAGAAAUUGAGACAACGUUCCUCGAGGACACCCGCAAGGCCUUCCGCGCUAUGGUUCAGGUCGAAGACAAGAAACGCGCCGCCAAGGAAGCCUCGGAGAAGGCCAAGAGCGCUGUUCAAAUUGACGACGCCAUCCCGAUCCGACAGUUCACGAAGAAAUCAGAUGAAGAGGCUGAGGAGAUUGAGCUCGAUCUCGCCAAGGCAACAGGAGGUGACUCGACGGUGGAAACCGUGUCUUCUAAGCUGAGCCGUGUUGUUCAACUCACUGGUUUUUCAGAUCCCGUCUACGCAGAGGCUUAUGUUACGGUGCACCAAUUUGAUAUUGUUCUCGACGUGCUCUUGGUUAACCAGACUUUGGAGACUUUGCAGAACCUGUCAGUUGAGUUCGCCACGCUGGGAGACUUGAAGGUCGUGGAGCGGCCAACUACUCACAACCUCGGCCCUCGUGACUUCUUGAACGUGCAGGCUACAGUCAAGGUGUCAUCAACGGAUACAGGUGUCAUUUUCGGCAACAUUGUGUACGACGGUGCUAGCUCAACGGAGACUCAUGUUGUCAUUCUCAAUGAUAUCCACGCCGAUAUUAUGGAUUACAUCCAGCCUGCUCAGUGCACGGAGACCCAGUUCCGCACGAUGUGGACUGAAUUUGAAUGGGAGAACAAGGUAAACAUCAACUCUAAGGCUAAGACUCUCCGCGAGUUCCUUAAGCAACUCAUGGAGAGCACCAACAUGGCAUGCCUUACUCCCGAGGCCUCGCUUACAGGUGACUGUCGGUUCCUGAGUGCUAAUCUUUACGCUCGGAGUGUAUUCGGCGAGGAUGCCCUAGCGAACUUGAGCAUUGAAAAGGAAGGAGACGAUGGGCCCGUUACCGGUUUUGUCCGGAUAAGAAGCCGUUCUCAAGGGCUGGCUCUAAGCCUUGGCUCGCUGAAAGGUCUCAAAGCGUCGACUGCAUGA